AUGCCCCAUGACCAUGCCGGGUCCAAAAUAGAGGUCACCUACUCGCUGCCCCCGGAGAGGGACGACGGGUAUCGACGCGGCCCCAGCAAGGUGUACGCCAAGGUUCCCCAGGGGACCGUGGCGACGACCGUCGCCUCGGACUGGCUCGCAAACGAGCUGGCCGAGUAUGGAGAGAUUGAUGCGGCAUGCCGCGACAGAUUUGUGAUGCACCUGAUGACGGCCGCCGGCGCCUCGGCGCCGGCCGACGCCGUGUUCAGGUUCACAGCCGGCGAGGCGAUGCAGACCUCUCGCCCGACCUCCGCGUCGGGCGAGGACGACGACGAGGACACCGGCUCCGAGGAGUCUUCCGACGACAGGGCGUCCGACUAG